AUGGCUACUCCCACCAUCACUCUCGAUCGCAUCCUCGCGGCGGCUCCAGUCACAACCCGUGGUCAACCAACUCAGAUCUCGGCCGAUGCCAAGGGUCAACGAAUAGCUUAUCCUUGUGGAAAAUCCAUCUUUGUUCGCUCCAUCGAUGAUCCUUCCGAUGCAAAGGAGUACACCGGCCACACCGCCCCUACGACCGUUGCGCGCUUCGCUCCCAGUGGCUUCAAGAUCGCCAGUGGUGACUCGAGCGGCAUGCUCAAGGUCUGGGAGCCUGAGUCCAUCGACAGCACAAGGGGAGAGUAUGCCAUCAUUUCUGGUCGUCUGAAUGACAUUGCCUGGGACGGCGAGUCGCAGCGUGUCAUUGCUGUAGGCGAUGGUCGCGAGCAGUUCGGCCGCUGUAUUACAGCUGACAGUGGAAACUCUGUCGGCGAGAUCAUCGGACACUCCAAGUCAGUCAACGCUGUUGCAAUGAAACCCCAGCGUCCUUUCCGUGCCGCUACUGUUGGUGACGACGGCAACAUGGUCUUCUAUCAUGGAGCCCCUUAUAAAUUCAACAAUAAGAGCGCUCAGCACACUGGCUUUGUUCUAGGCGCCGCUUAUUCCCCUGAUGGCAAUACUCUAGUCACUGUUGGUGCCGACAAGAGAAUACAGCUUUAUGAUGGAAAGACUGGCGAACCCACCAAGGAGAUCGGACAGGGCGAGCACACUGGAAGUAUCUUUGCCGUGUCAUGGUCACAAGAUGGUAAGAACUUUGUCACCGCCAGCGCUGACCAAACUGUCAAGCUCUGGGACUUUGAUGCAGGCAGCGUCAUUCAAUCCUGGAAGUUCGGGGAGGAUGCUACCGUUGGUGAUCAGCAAGUCGGUGUUGUUUUUGUUCCCGGUCGUAGCGACGGACUCAUUAUUAGUCUCAGCCUCGAUGGUCGCCUCACAUACUUGACCGAAGGCAAGCAGGAGCCUGUCCGUGUUGUCUACGGUCACAACAGAGGCAUCACCGCUUUGUCAACUGCAUCGGAUGGUAAGGGUGCUGACCUCUGGUCCGGCAGCUUUGACGGUCGAGUGUGCCAUUGGGAUAUCAAGUCGGGCAUUGCUACAGUUGUCGAUGGCCAGGCACACACGAAUCAGGUGGCCCAGUUCGCCGUUGCGGAUGGCAAAGCUUUCAGCGCAGGCUGGGAUGACAACCUCCGAAUCGUUGAUGAGUCGACCAAGACUUUCUUAGGAUCUUCCACCAAGCUGCAAGCUCAACCCAAGGGCGUGAGCGCGGCUAAUGGACUUGUCUAUGUCGCGACCUACUCAGGUGUAUCCGUUUACUCCGGCGAAAAGCUAGUGAGCGAGCAGUCAUUGGAUUACACCCCUGGAGCUAUUGCGGUAUCUGGUUCUUUUGUUGCUGUUGGGGCUAACGAGAACUCGGUGCGCAUCUACAGCGCUGGUUCUGACGGAAAACUCGAGGAGGUCAAGGCAUUGAGCAACCCGACCGGUACCAUUUCGGCUCUUGCGUUCUCAAAAGACGGGUCACAUUUGGCCGCUGGAAACAGCGUCGGAAAGAUCUAUGUCUACAGCGUUGGAAGCUGGGAGCUGGUGGCAGACCGCUGGUCGGCUCACACUGCCCGAGUUACCUCGAUUGCCUGGGACGACACAGGUGUCUAUGCUGCCAGCGGUAGUCUCGAUACUAACGUCUUCGUUUGGUGCUUGGAGAAAAAGAACCAGGGCAAGCGCAUCAAAGCUGCUAAUGCUCAUAAGGACGGUGUAAAUGGUGUGGCCUGGAUUGAAGGCGGCAAGAUUGCAAGUGCAGGAGGCGAUGCCAGCGUAAAGAUAUGGAGCGUCCAGAACUUGCCUUGA